ACUUCCGCCCGGCGGGCUUUGCUGAAGCUCUAGGGGGCUGGCCGAGGUGAGGUGAGUGCGGACUGCGCGGGGAGGGGAGGCUCGUGCCUAUCCUGGGGGUAGGCCAGAGACGCCCUGCUUUGGGGACCUAGGACAGAGGGACCUAGGGGGAGAAGCCCCCUCUCAAAGGUGCCAACCUGGAGGUGAUAAGUCAAAUAAGGUGACUGAAGAGUUAGGAGGGCCAUCUAGGUUGGGGCCCAACCAAUUUGAAGCUACUCACCACACUCUAUUAUGGCCACAACCCUGGAGUCCCCAGUUCAGUCUCCAACAGAGCAGGAGGGGCUCCUUAUAGUGAAAUUAGAAGAGGAUUCCUCUUGGAAACAAGAAUCUGCUUUGUGGGGAGAUGAACUUGAUCUUGAGAUCUCUCGUCAGCGCUUCCGGCAGUUUCGAUAUCAGGAGGUGUCUGGACCCCACCAAGCUUUUAGUCAACUCUGGGAACUUUGUUGUCGGUGGCUGAGGCCAGAGGUGCGUAUGAAAGAACAGAUCCUGGAGCUGCUGGUGCUGGAGCAAUUCCUGAAUAUCUUACCCAGGGAGAUCCAAAGCUGGGUGCGAGAGCAUCAUCCAGAGAGUGGUGAGGAGGCUGUGGCUUUGGUGGAGGAUUGGCAGAUAAAUCCUAGGAAACCAGGACAGCAGAUUACUGCCAAUGCACAUGGACAGGAAGUGGCCUCAAAGGAGUCUAGGCCUUUGGGAGCCGUGAAAGAUUUGGAGAUAGAGCCCACAGACUGCCAGUCUAAGGGACCAUCCCAGAAACAGCUGCUGCAGAAUCCCUGCCCAGGGCAGCGCCAGCUUAAGGAGGAAUCACGACCUCUUAAAGAGAAUGUUGUCCUUGCUCCCCGGGUUCCUGCCCUGCCUAAGGUGGGUCGUGUUGGGGACUGGGAGAUGGCAGCAGAGUCCCAGGGGUCAGCAACGGAGGAAGAUGCAUCAUUGUGCUUCUCUGCAAGCCAUGGGAAUCCUGUUAAGAAGACCACCCACAAAGAUGCCAUGAGAGAGAGUCAUAGAAAUGAGCUUUCACUGGUUUUGAAACCUAGCAGGAUCUCCUGGCCAGAGAAAAGAAGAGAUCCAUGUAUACCAAACCUUCUGGACUCUGGGAAAAGAGAGAACCCUGGAGAUCAUAGUACAUUUGAAGAACAAGUGAGACUAGGGCAGACAUCCUCCAGGAAGGAAGUAAAAUCCUGGGCAGAACAGGAACAGUGGGAUGUGGAAGACAUGAGGGUCACAGGGGUACACUGGAGCUAUGAGGAAACAAAGACUUUCCUUGCAAUACUUGGCGAGUCUCCAUUUUCUGAAAAACUCCGGACCUGUCAUCAAAACCGCCCUGUGUACCGGGCCAUCUCUGAGCGAUUGCGAGAGCGGGGUUUCCUGCGAACCCUGGAACAGUGCCGAUAUAGGAUCAAAAACCUUUUACGAAAUUAUAGGAAAGCCAAGAGCAGUCAUCCACCUGGGACUUGCCCUUUCUAUGAGGAGUUGGACACUCUGGUGAAGGCUCGGGCUGCUGUCAGAGCUGCAGACAUCUCAGAGGAGGCUGCAGGUCUCCCCAGGUUGGGGGAUAGUGAUGCUGAGACAGAAGAGCAGGAAGAAGGGAGCUGGGAACAUGAGGCAGCUACAGAGGCCAUGACAGCUGAAGAUUGUAAUGGGGAUGAGGUGGUCAUUGAAGAACCAAUACAGGGACCCAAGAUGUCUGGUGGCCCAACCUUUUUCCAAAGUCGCAUUGGUGUGCACUGGGGCUAUGAAGAAACCAAGAUUUUCCUUGCCAUUCUUGGUGAGUCUCCAUUCUCCAAAAAACUUCAGACCUGUCACCAGAACAGCCAAGUGUAUCGUGCCAUUGCUGAGCGGUUGCGCCAACGGGGUUUCCUCCGAACACUAGAACAGUGUCGCUACAGGUUCAAAAACCUCCUACGAAGUUACCGGAAAGCUAAGAGCAGCCAACCUCCAGGGGUUUGCCCUUUCUAUGAAGAGUUGGAUACUCUUAUGCGUGCACGAGCGCUUCUUAGAAGUGCCCGCUUCCCAGAAAGGCCAGGAACAAGAGAUGCUGAAGAACACAACCAAGAGGCCUGGAGACAAGAAGAAGAGGAAGCAGCCAAAGAAGACAGGGGCAGUGAUGUGCCAACUCAGCAUUUUAAGACCCAUAACACUGUAACACCAUUUAAAAGCUGCAUUGGUUUAGACAUGAAGUGUGAGAAUGAAGAACAGAAUUCAAAGCAAGAAGUUUCUGAGGAGCUACACAAGACAUUGUCAAAACAUUUUGAAGAAGAUGGUAACCAGAUUGUUUGGGAAAAAGACUGUGAGGAUGAAUAUGAAUCAGGAAGACAAUGUGAAAGUCCUUCAGAGGAACAGUGGGAGAAAUGCGGUUCUGAAGAGGAUUUAGAAAAAUUAAUAGAUCAUCAGGGAUUGUACCUAGCAGAAAAACCCUAUAAAUGCAAUACAUGUGUGAAAAGUUUCAGUCGGAGCUCUCAUUUUAUUGCACAUCAGCGGAUCCACACAGGUGAAAAACCCUACAAAUGCUUUGAAUGUGGGAAAAGCUUCAGUGACCGUUCUAAUCUCAAUACUCAUCAGAGAAUCCAUACUGGAGAGAAACCUUACAAAUGUCUUGAAUGUGGAAAAAGCUUUAGUGAUCAUUCAAACCUAGUCACCCAUCAGAGAAUCCACACAGGAGAAAAACCCUAUAAAUGUAGCGAGUGUUGGAAAAGCUUCAACCAGAGUUCAAAUCUUAUUAAACAUCAGAGAAUCCACAUGGGAGGAAAUACUGACAGAUAUGAACAUGGGGAAAGCUUUGCUAACAAUCCAUCUUUGAAGGCACACUUGAAAAACCAUACUGGGGAGAAGAUUUCUGAGCAGCUUGAAGGAGAAAACAAUUUCAGUAUGAGCUUAACUUGUCCUGGACCCCAAAGAGCUGACUCUGGAGAAAAACCCUUUGAAUGUCAUGAAUGUGGAAGAAGCUUCAGUAAGAGCUCAGCCCUUACUAGUCACCAAAGAAUCCAUACUGGGGAGAAACCUUAUGAAUGUGCAGAAUGUGGAAAAAGCUUCAGUAAAAGCUCAACACUUACCAACCAUCAAAGAGUCCACACAGGUGAAAAACCAUAUAAAUGUGUUGAUUGUGGGAAAUGCUUCAGUGAACGUUCAAAGCUCAUCACUCAUCAAAGAGUUCACACAGGAGAGAAGCCCUAUAAAUGUCUAGAGUGUGGAAAAAACUUUCGUGACCGUUCAAACCUUAUUACUCACCACAGAAUUCACACAGGAGAGAAACCAUAUAGGUGUGGUGAAUGUGGGAAAUGUUUCAACCAGAGCUCAAGCCUUAUUAUACACCAGAGAAUCCAUACUGGAGAGAAACCAUAUAAAUGUACUGAGUGUGGAAAAGACUUUAACAACAGUUCACACUUCAGUGCCCACCGGAGAACACACACUGGACAUAAAGCUAUGUAGGAUAGGAAAAAAAAAACCAAAUAUUGAUUUUAAUUUUCCAGGAUCAUAUGCUAUACUUGCUAGAAAAGUAUUUUUUUAAGCUUUUGGCUCAGUUCAUCCUAGGAAAGGAAUACUGGUGUAAAGCAAAGAAGCUUGGACAUGAAUUUUAAAAUCCUGAAGAGCUGAAUAUUAAAACAUUUCACAAAAACAAUUUUCUUUUGUGUUGGCAAAAAACUUCCACAAACACAUAGUACUUUGGCUAGCCUCACCCUGGCUAAUGAAAACUAUUGUAGCUAAGCAAGUAACCUCAUAAGUGCAGAUGUGAAUUAUAGUUCUAAUAUAGACAAGCCAUUAAUUAGCAUGGAACCUUUCUCCCUCAUUUCAGGAUUCAUGUAUAGAACUGAAGCAAUAAAAAAAGCAUUACCACCUUAUAGAUUUUUGAUUUACAGCAAGGGGAAGGAAUGCCUUUAAUAGAAAACUCUCCAAGCUCACAUUACGACCUUAUAAGGCAAAUAGAUUUUUUCUUCUAUUAUAAUGGGAAAAUAAAUGAUUAAAAUGAGAAAAGUCUUUAAUGUAGCUCAGAUAUUGUAAACACAAUAGAAUACAUAGAGGAGAAAAGCUUGUUAAUUUGAUGAAAACAUAGCUUUGAGUCUGGUGGGAAAGUAUGCACAGUAGGUAGAGGAGUUUGAGACUCUUUUCUGUGCUUAGUGCCACUCUAGCAAGCCCUGGCUGAGGCAUUAGUGGGAAGCUCGGGAGAUUUUUGUGUUUGUCUUUUUUAAGCUACUGGUGGUGAUGGUGUUCCAUAAAUUCAGGUAUUUCCACAGAAUGGAAUAUGGGGGAAAUACUGAUGGUGAUAAUACCUCAUAUUCUCUAUGCCUACCUGUUUUGGAAUUCUUUCCAGGAAUAAAAAUAAUUCCUACUUAAUUAUCUUAAUAAAGUAGAAUUUAGUUCUUGUGA